UAAUAUGGCUCCACGAACCCUCCAACCCCAAGCGCUGGCGCUGGCCAUGGUUCCGACUGUUGUCUCGACGCUCAUAGUCGCGAUGCGCAUCUGGCGGCGAAUUGUAACACGAAAAUUCGGGAUCGAAGAUGUGCUGCUUAUUAUUGCGCAAUUGCUGAUCAUUGUGUUGAUGGUCACUACCUGGGUUUCCUUCAAACUCUCUUGGUACGGAUAUCAUUACUACGACAUCCCCCCCGGCGCAAUCAAUAUCAGCCUCUAUCAGAAAUGGGGUUUCGCCAACGCUGUCGUAUACAACCCAAUCCUCGGAUUGAUCAAAGCCUCCUUCCUCAUCACCCUCCUCAAGCUCCGCUCCCCAAACAAACGCAUAACGCUCGCCCUGCGCACGCUCUUCGUAAUAAACGCCUGCUUCACCAUUGCCGCUCCAUUGACCUGCGCCUUCCAAUGUACACCGGUCCGCAAAUUCUGGAACCGCAGCAUGCCGGGGAGAUGCCUCGACGCGCAAGCAUACACCUACGGCACCAUCAGCGUGGUCCUCGCCACCGACGUUGCGGUCCUCAUCAUGCCGACCUGGAUUCUAUAUAACAUUCAGAUGCCCCGUAUACGCAAGAUGCUGUAUAUUUCAUUUAUGAGCUUUGGGAUCGCGUUUACCGGUAUUGGCGCGUUUAGGCUGUAUGUCUUUAUCCAACUUUACACUGCGAAAGCUAUGAAUCCGGAUAAUACGUAUGCCAUGCGGCAAGGGUUGUCGAAUGUCGAGGUCAGCAUUGCGGCGAUUGGAGCGUGCGGUGGGACUGUGAAGUGGAUGCUAGGCCGGUGCAUUCCGUUUUUCGAUGACGAGGAUUCACCUAGGUUGAGUAAGUUUCGCGGGAGUGAGGGUUCGAAUGAAGGGGUUGGAAGUGGUAGUGGGAACGGUGUGAACGGCGGGAGGAGUGUGGGGACGAGGAGUUGGAGAAAUUGGGGACGGAGGUCCGGCAAUAGUACAAUGGUUUCAAGAGGGGAUGAGGACGAGGUUGUCGGACCGCCGCCGGUUGUUUGGAAAAAGGUCGAGACUAGGAAACGAGACAGAGUCAAGGAGAAGAAACAGGAAAGUGAUAACGGCAGGGAUGUGGAGAUGCAGGGCAGCGGCGGGCAUUCGAAUCUAACAGCAAGCACGACUACUUAUGCAGAGUCGAGGAGAGAAAGGAAACCGAGGGAAGGGGUUUAAUCGUUCUUGUUAGUACAGCUUUAUAUCCCUCUGUUUAAUUUUAGCAUAGCGUUUUCCAUGUUUGAGAAGAUCCCAUUGCCAGAACUCGUGUCGUCAUUGCGAAUACUUAGCUCACGCACGAACGAUCCCUUUCACCUCCAACCUUACCAGAUCAAAACUUCUUCUAUACGGUUCUCAAACCCCACGAGGAAGCUUAAGCCGCCACCAAGACCCACCGACGGCAUGAUGCUGAGUAGGCUGCAAAACCGCAACAAUGUGCUCAUACCGUAUACUCUCGGCCCUGCUCCGCGCAUACAGAUGCGCUUUCUUCAAAGCGCUCUUGAUCUGUCGACCAUUCCACGGAUACUUAGCUAGAGACUCGAACUGCGCCUCCACCACUACUGAAUGCUCUGCUCUGGUUCCUCCAAAUCUCAGACAUUUCAUUAUCCGAUAGCAAUUUCCUUUCUUUUUUUUUGCUCAGUGGUCCUUAAAUAACGAAUGCGAGAUGCAUCCACAAUCGUAAAAACCCAAAUCGAUCAACUCACGACUCCCCCGGAAAAUUUCUAUAUACAAUUUUACCAACUUCUUUACCAUUCCUCUCAGAGCUGCCUACCUUCGUAAUA